GUCGUUCCCACGCAAAUUCAGAAAGCUCAUUGAGACUUCAGACAAGAGGAACAAGACUUGAACAAGAGAGGGAGAACAGAGCGCGCGAAGCAAAGAAAAUGGCGGAGCCCAAAGUAAAAUACGAUCGCCAACUCAGGAUCUGGGGUGAACAAGGGCAGGCAGCCCUUGAAAAAGCGAGUAUAUGCCUUCUCAACUGCGGGCCUACUGGUUCCGAGACAUUGAAAAAUCUAGUACUUGGAGGGAUUGGAAGCAUCACUAUAGUCGACGGUACCAAGAUAGAAGAGGGCGACCUUGGCAACAACUUCAUGGUGGACGAAUCUAGUAUUGGACAGUCAAAGGCAAAGUGUGUAUGUGCAUUUCUUCAAGAACUAAAUGAUGCCGUGAAAGCUAAGUUUAUAGAAGAGUGUCCGGAGGCAUUAAUUGAAACAAGGCCAUCAUUCUUUUCACAGUUUACAUUAGUAGUUGCCACACAGUUGGUUGAAGAAUGGAUUGUGAAGCUAGAUAAAAUCUGUAGGAACGCAAAUGUCAUAUUGGUCGUUGCACGCUCCUACGGACUCACUGGGCUUGUCAGAAUCAGUUUAAAGGAGCAUACUGUCAUUGAGUCAAAGCCCGAUCAUUUUCUGGAUGAUCUUCGGUUAAAUAACCCAUGGCCAGAGCUGAGGAGGUUUUCUGAAACUAUUGAUCUCAAUAUUCCUGACCCUGUUGCACACAAACACACUCCGUAUGUUGUUAUUCUUGUCAAGAUGGCUGAAGAGUGGGCCAAAAGCCACGGUGGCAGUUUACCAUCAAGCAGAGAAGAGAAGAAAGAAUUCAAGGAUCUCCUCAAAGCCAAGAUGAUUGCAAUGGAUGAAGAUAACUACAGAGAAGCUAUUGAAGCUUCGUUCAAAGUCUUUGCUCCGCAUGGAAUCAGUCCAGAUCUGAAACAGAUAGUUGAUGAUUGCUGUGCUGAAGUUGAUUCUAAUUCAUCAGAUUUUUGGAUAUUAGUGGCUGCUUUGAAGGAGUUCAUAGCGAAUGAAGGAGGUGGUGAGGCACCCAUGGAGGGAUCAAUACCAGAUAUGACAUCUUCAACUGAGCACUAUGUUAAUUUGCAAAACAUCUAUCAAGCUAAGGCCGAGGCUGACUUCAUGCUAAUAGAGGAAAGAGCAAGGAACAUUUUGAAAAAAAUUGGCAGAGAUCCAAAUAGCAUCUCUAAAACGACAAUCAAAAGCUUCUGUAAAAAUGCAAGAAAGCUGAAAGUUUGCAGAUAUCGUUCACUUGAGGAUGAGUUCAAUUCUCCUAUCUUCGCUGAGCUACAGAAGUAUCUAACUGACGAGGAUUUCAGCGUGGCAGUUGGAUUUUAUAUUCUGCUUCGAGCUGUUGAUCGUUUUGCUGCCAAUUACAACAGUUUUCCCGGGCAAUUUGAUGGUGGGAUUGACGAGGACAUAUCUCGAUUGAAAACUACUGCCGUUGGCCUACUCAGUGACUUGGGUUGCAAUGGCUUGACUUUAUCAGAGGACCUCAUUAAUGAGAUGUGCCGAUUCGGUGCGGCAGAGCUCCAUGCAGUCGCUGCUUUCAUUGGUGGAAUUGCAUCACAAGAAGUAAUCAAGCUAAUCACCCGACAGUUUGUACCCAUGUCUGGAACUUUCGUAUUCAAUGGCAUCGAUCACAAGUCGCAGUUAUUGUCGCUCUAGUGACUUUUAGACCCAUACCUUAAGUUUCCCAGAUUCGCCUCGCUUCGAUUCUUAUUGGCAGACCAGGCAUUUUCCCUGGAGGAGAAAGCGCUUACUUCUUUGUUGGAGCUAUGGUAUGGUACACAUUGCACGAUUCUAUACUUCGGUGUGCAAUUACCUUAUUAGAUCGAAUUUUUGGCAUAAUUUUUCAGAAUAUCAGAAUAUCAUCGGUAGAACAAAAAAGGGUCACAGGAAAGUUUCCAAUGCCUAUAACCUUCAAUCCUACGAGAGUAGUAUGCCCCUUGAAAUUGCCUCCUCUCCUGAGUCUCUUGAAUCAAUUUGGGUCUCAAAAAUAUUAUUAUUAUGAUCAUUAUGGGGAAUUACUGACUAAGGAAAAUGGAUUAUUGUUCUUUUGUUUUUGCCUUUUAA